AUGUCUGGCUCCAUUUCUCAGCAAUUGGAGGAUUUACUUCACCCACAGCCUAAAUUUUUAGAUCCUGAAGAUGAUGGCGACGAGGAGACGAAAGCCCGAGUUGUUGAAAAGUUUGCGGAAGAUGAGGAUGAAGAGGAGGACGGAGAAGGGAAACUAGCCCCGAGCUCCCUGAGGAAACAGGCCGUCUCUCUGCUCUCAGACUCGGACAGUAGAUAUGCAGGCAAAGCGGUGUCCAGAAAACAACUGAUGCAGGACAUGGGGGCGUCCGAGGAAGAAGAACAAGACGACGAUGAUGAUGAUGAUGAUGAUGAUGAUGAUGAUGAUGAUGAUGAUGAAGACGAUGACGACAAUGAAGAGGAGGCAGAAGCAAACGAAGAAGCGCUUCAAGUGUCAGAGAUGGACGACGAUUUAAAUGAAGAUGGUGAAGAUCUGAAUGAAUCUGAAGUGACUUUUCCAAAGGGAGAUUUUCGCAAACUGACUGAGGGUAUGGACGACCUCGGAAUGAGCGAGGGGGAGGAAGACGAGGUCGAGGAUGAAAGUGAAGGGGAUGAUGAAAGCUCUGAGGAAGAUGACAUGGAACCAGACGACUCCACUGUGCAGACGUUUUCUCAGGACAAAGUCAGCGAGGAGGUGGAGAAAGGUUUAGCCGUGAAGAACCAGCUUGCUUUGUGGGACCAGCUGCUCGAAGGGAGAAUCAAAUUCCAGAAAGCUGUUGUUUCAGCCAAUCAGCUUCCUCAGCCUUCGUCCUUCUCAGAAUUCAAGAGAAACGCGGAGUACGCGGGAGCACUGAAAAACUCUCACAAAGCGUUAAAAGCUCUUCAAAGAUCGUUACUAGAGCUGCACGAUGAGCUGCUUGUUCAAAAUGUGGAAACAAGAGGCCUCAGUCUGGGAGAGCAGAGUGAUGAAGAGAUUCUAAGCGAUGAAGAUAAUUGUGAUGCCAUGGAAAAUGUCAAGCCUCAAAAACGCAAACUAGAAAUGGCCGAAUAUCCAGAUAUUAUGAGCAAGCGAUUUGCAGCAUUCACGCCUUACCAGAACGCAACGCUCCAAAAGUGGCAGGACAAAACCAGGCUGACCAUGGGCAAAACCAGCAAAGCUUUUGAAAUUGCAACGUUAGAAGAGGAACCGGAAAAACUGGUGAAAACAAACAUGCAUCUCAAAGAUUUAGAUGAGGACAUUUUCGAUGACGAUGAUUUUUACCAUCAAUUAUUAAGGGAGCUCAUUGAGCGCAAGACCAGUGCAGCGGAUCCCAAUGACCAGGUGGCGAUGGGCAAACAGUGGCUGGCAAUACAGAAACUGAGGAGUAAGAUUAAAAAGAAAGUGGACACUAAGGCAAGUAAAGGGCGGAAAGUCAGGUUCCACAUUCACAGUAAACUGGUGAACUUCAUGGCUCCAAUGCAUCACAGCGACAUGACGGAUGAAGCCAAGAGUGAACUGUACAGAGGACUUUUUGGACAGAACUUGAUCAGGGAGUGA